GCUGUGCAAUUGAGGCUAGAGAAGAGCAUAAACAACCCAUCCUAUUUCCGGACCUUUUGAGGUGGUCUGAGAGCUGUUGGGGGUGGAAAGAUGGUGGUCUUGGAGGUGGUUCUUGGGCUGGCUUUUGGGCUGCUGAUUAUUUUCAGUGGCUUGUUGAGAUGGAAUGAGGUGAGGUAUAGGAAGAAGGGGCUGCCACCAGGGACUAUGGGGUGGCCAGUGUUUGGGGAGACCACAGAGUUUCUGAAGCAAGGCCCCAACUUUAUGAAGAACCAGAGAGCUAGGUAUGGGAAUUUGUUUAAAACACACAUAUUGGGAAGUCCUACGGUAGUGUGCAUGGAUCCAGAGCUCAACAGAUAUAUUCUUAUGAAUGAAGGGAAGGGCCUUGUUCCUGGUUAUCCACAAUCCAUGCAGGAUUUAAUGGGUAAAUGGAAUAUUUCAGCUGUUCAUGGUUCUCUCCACAAGUCUAUGAGGAGUGCUAUGCUCAGUCUCAUUGGUCCCAGUUUGAUCAAAGACCAACUAAUUUCAGAGAUUGAUGAAUUCUUGAGAUCCUACCUCAGCAACUGGAGUGGCAAAGUCAUUGAUAUCCAGGAGAAAACCAAGGAGUUGUGGUGUCUCUCAGCCUUGAAGCUGAUUGCUGGCAUUGAAAUUGGUCCACUUGCCAAUGAACUCAAAUCAGAGAUCAUGAACCUAGUUUUAGGAACUCUGUCUCUACCUAUAAAAUUUCCAGGUACAAAUUACCGUCGCGGGAUCCAGGCAAGAAGGAAGAUUGUAAGCAUUUUGGAAAAAUUAAUUGAGGAAAGAAUAGCCUCACCAAGCUUCCUGAACUAUAUGCUUGAUUCCCUCCUGAGAAAUGAUGAUGAUGCGAAAGGAAAACUCAGUGAUGAUCAGAUUAUUGAUCUGAUCAUCACCCUCGUCUAUUCAGGGUUCGAAACCGUUUCUACCACUUCAAUGAUGGCUGUCAAGUACCUAAGUGAGCACCCAAGAGCUCUCGAAGAAUUAAGAAAUGAGCAAUUUGACAUCAGAAAAGGGAAGUCACCUGAGGACACGUUGCAAUGGAAUGAUUACAAAUCUAUGAUUUUUACUCGUGCGGUGAUCUUUGAAACUUUGAGAUUAGCCACAGUUGUUAACGGGGUGCUGAGGAGAACGACACAAGAAAUGGAAAUGAAAGGAUAUAUUAUUCCGAAAGGAUGGAGAAUCUAUGUGUACACAAGGGAGGUCAACUAUGAUCCUUUCAUGUACCCUGAACCUUUGGCCUUCAAUCCUUGGAGAUGGCUGGAUAAGAACCUGGAGUCUCACCAAUACUUCCUGGCAUUCGGUGGAGGUGGCAGGCUGUGCCCGGGGAAGGAACUGGGGUUAGUAGAAAUCGCAAUGUUUCUUCAUCACUUUGUGACUAAAUACAGAUGGGAAGAAGUUGGAGGUGACAGAUUACUGAAAUUUCCAAGAGUUGAAGCACCUAACGGGCUGCAUAUCCGGAUAUGGGAUUACUGAAGUCAUAUUAUAUACAGAGUUAGAAAUGUUUACUCACAAAUGAGCCAAGGCAAAUGUCUGCCAAUCUUUUGUAGCUGAAUCAGCAAGAAAAUAAAACUACCAUCAUACCUGAAUCUUCUUUUC